UCUUUCAUAAUUCAUUCUUGAGUUUCUGUUAUUUGACACACACAAACAAAAAAAGAACAUGACCAACAACGUAAAUUCUUGGCUCCAGGGUGUUUAUGUUGUUUUUGCGUUUUGCUCUGCUUUAUUUUUGGGUGCUCUCAAAAGUUUGUUGGUGGGUCCAAUUGCUGGCCUAAUACUUAUUAUAGGAAAUGUUGGGGUGAUUUUAUGUCUCUUCCCAGCACAUAUUUUCUGGACAAUUUACACCCUUGUCCAGACUAAUAGAUUUGAUGCACCACUUAAAGUAGCUUUCUUGUUCGGUUUGCCAGUUUUAUUUGGUAUUUGGUUGUGUUUAAGCUUAGCUGGUAGUGUUCUUGUGGGAGUUGGAUAUGGUUUCUUUGCUCCUUGGGUUUCUGCCUUUGAAGCUUUCAGACAUGACGAUGAAUUUAACAAGUUUGUUCAUUGCAUUGUGGAUGGAACAUGGGGAACCAUAAAAGGUAGCUGUACUGCUGUUCGAGAUUUUGCAGAUAUGUGUUAUCAUUCUUAUCCAAUGUAUUUGAAGGAACUGCGUGAUUCCCCUGCUUCUCUUGACUUUCAACCUUUUAGGUUUGUUUCUAAUUUCCCUUUCUAUACAAAAAACAAAGGGAAAUGGAGUAGAGAAUUACAAGGUGGAGACUCGAACUUUCAGGCAAUACAAGAAGUGAAAAUGGUGCAGGUGUGGCAGAACAUGAUGAAAUCAUGUGAAAUAAGGGGCAAGGAAUUAUUGGACGCGAAAGUGAUAACCCCCAACGACCUGGAUGAUUGGUUGAAGGGAAAACAUGGAGUUGAUGUUGCAGUCAUCAAUGUUGGUUUAGCAUGUUAUACAUUUCUACAGAUAAUCUUUUAUUCCAUAAAAGCCGGAUCAGAUGGAUCGUUCCUUCUAGAGGAUCUUGAGAUCACUCAGCUGAACAGACCUCAGGACAGAUUAUUGGACUGGUUUUUCCAACCAGUCAUGGUCAUCAAGGAACAAAUUAGAGUCCUGAGCCUAGAAGACGGUGAAAUGAGGUUCCUAGAGAAAGUGGUCCUUUUCGAGAGCAACUCUGAACGCUUUAAGGCCUGGGAAAAUGGAAGUGUGGCGCCUCAGGAAUCUCUCAGAGCAGCUCAAAUUGAAGGCAUAAGCCGAAGGAUGGUGGGAAUGAUUAGAAGUGUUUCUAAGUUUCCAACUUAUAGGAGGAAAUUCAGACAGAUAGUGAAAACAUUGAUCAUGCAGUAUUCCACUAUUUCCAGAGAAGGUUCCACGCGAUCUGUUCCUCGUUCUGUAAAGAACAGUUCCACCCGAUCAGUGUCCACAAGAUCAAAUGGUUCACUCGAAAUUGUUUAAACAUUUUAAAUAUAGAUUAGUGAUCUUGAACUCCCAUCGUA